AUGAGCGCGACACCGCCGCCGCCGCCUCUCGACGUAGCCUCCGCCGGCUUCUUCCGCCUCGAAUGCAGCCACGCGCAGCUCUUCCAGCCCGAGUACAAGAGGAGCAACCGCACCAAGGGCCUCAAGAUCCUCCGAUGCUUCCCGCACUGCUGCCCCGAGCACAUCGACCGCAGCUACUGCGGCGCGUCCCUGAGCGUGCGCGUGGAGCUGGCGGCUCCGUCCUCGGACGCCGCCGCUCCGGCAGACCCACCGCCCAGCCAAGUGGUGACCGUGUUCGCGCGCUUCGAGGCCACGAGCGACGCCGGCACGCAGUCCGACAGCAACCUGGAAGGGCAGUGGGUGGCGGGCUCGCUGGACCGGCCGUCCAGACUCGUGACCACCAUCCGCGCGCCCGGCACGCCGUCGGACGACCACAAGCCGCUCGUCUUCCAUCUCAACGGCAAGCCCUUCUCCCGCUGGUACUACGACUGGGAGAGCGGCGCCAACAAGGCGCAGCGCCUCAUGAAGCAUGUUCUGAAGGCCUACAUCGUCGAGCGCUGCGCCAUCGACCAGGACGACAAUUUCACCGCCUUCACGAGCCGACACGCGCGCACGCAGCUGUACCGCGUGCUCAGCGUCGUGACUUCGCCCGAGUUCACCAUUUCUGAUCGACUGGAGGACCAGUUGCGGUGGGAGCACGCGAACGAGUCGGCCGUGUCGAUGUCGAAGAAUCUGGCGCUAGCGUACUCACUCGUUCGCUGGGCGCCGCUCGGCGUCUAUGCUUCUUGUGUUGAUGAGAUAAAUUCGCUGCUGCGUGCAUUAGCGCAGGCGGCGCUGUGGUUUUUCUCGAAGACCACGCAGCGUUGGGUGCGCGCGUUCUUCUUGCAGUAUGCCGAGUCCGUUCUGGACAAACAUUCGCUCCGCGCGUGCUUCGUGCUGUUCGUGAAGGAAACGAGGAACCGCCUGGACACGGAAGUGUUCCAGAACACACAACUGCAGAGUCUGGCUAACGUGGCCGAGGAAGUCAUCGCCGCUGUCUACUCUUGCUCGUUCUUCCACGCGCGACGGCCGCAGAUUCGGGAGAUUUUGAGCGGGCAGAGCUUCGCAGGCUGGAACGCGUUCGUGGCUCAGAUGCGCCAGACCUAUGUCAACGUAUCGACUUGUCCGAGGAGCAUCUCACGAACGAUAGCUGUGCGCGAUUCCGAGCCGAACUUUAAUCGAGCACAUCCGCCACAAAAUUCAAUUGAGAGCGACUGGAACGCCGAGUGGUUUCUGCAGGUGGACGAGGCAGUGUGGAAACCGAGCCAACAGACCAUGAAAGCGGACUCUAAGAGCGGCUCCUGCGUGCUACGCAUUCGGUCUACUGAAGGUGUGGCCAGUGCACUAGACUGUAUGUGUUUGGUGCUGGACGGCAAAGAGCGGGUGUUCUCUCAAUUUCCCAACGGAUUGGCGUCGGGCAUCGGCUCAGGGAGACACGGAGACUAUAUCGGAGAAACGCGGGUAGAGAAACCCGGACGCCUCGUAGUAUACCUGCAGGUUUUCACCUGGUCUACAGAGAUACACCGACCCUCUUACCACGUGCGGCUACGAAUCGAAUGCUGGCAGAGUAAGCGGCUGUGUGUUAGCGGUGAUGUACUUGCCACCACUGCACCAGCGUCCUUCCCGCUGGAGGACACUUCGAAUCUGGGGGAAAUGCCGCUACGAAUGAAACGCGCGGCGGUGGCGAACUUCUUCGAGCAGCAACUUCAAGAUUAUUCAGCUGGUGAGUGGGCUACGUCUCCAUCCGCUGGACCAUGGAGGGAACUGGGUAGAUUUCGUCUGAGUUACCUGAAGUUCUAG